UUUAAGAUCUCAAACACAAAGACUUCUAAAGGCAGACGACAUGAAACAUCAUCCAGAAUCUCCUCAAACAGAUGAACUGCUGAUGGCUUACAAACAGACUAUCCACAUCACGUUAUCAGUGUUUGACGCUCUCUUAGCUUCAAAUACUCGGGUUUGUUAAGGUGAGGGGGCGGAGCCUGAGUACAGCGGGCAGCAGGAGGAGUCGUCGAUGGUUUGUGUGUUAAUGUCACUACGACAUGUUUGAGGAUGUUUACACUGGGGUUGUCAUUAUAUUAUAUUUUUAUGAUUCCAGUAAACGAUAUCUGAACACCUGUUUGAAACCAACACACACAGAAGUCCUACUCAGCCAACGUUCAGCGAGCAGUAAAGAGAGAGAAGGCGAGCCUCCGCUGAUUAACGGAUGGAUUCCUUACAUCGGAAAAGCGCUGGAGUUUGGACAAGACGCCAACAGAUUCCUGGACAAACAUAAGAGGAAGUUCGGAGACAUUUUUACAGUGCAGAUGGCAGGUAAAUACAUGACCUUCGUCAUGGACCCGUUACUCUUUCCAAACAUCAUCAAACAUGGCCGCCAGCUCGACUUCCACGAGUUCUCCAACAAGGUGGCGCCGAUGACCUUCGGCUACCCGCCCACCAACAGUGGGAAGUUCCCGCACAUGCAGGAACAGAUCAGCCGCUCCUUUCAGCUCCUCCAGGGGGACAACCUGACUGUCCUGACAGAGAGCAUGAUGGGUAAUCUCAUGCUGCUGCUCCGUCAGGAUUACCUGGGGGAGGGGGCGGGGCGGGAAGGCUGCUGGAGGAAGAGCAGGAUGUACGAGUUCUGUAACUCUCUGAUGUUCGAGGCCACUUUCCUCACUAUGUAUGGCCGGCCGGUGACGGCGCCGAGGCACAGCGGGACAAGCGAUCUGCGUGAGGACUUUGCCAGGUUUGAUUCCAUGUUUCCUCUGCUAAUAGCUCAGAUACCCAUCGGGCUGCUGAGGCGCACCAAGACCAUCCGCCAGAAACUCAUCAACUACUUCCUGCCGCACAGGAUGUCGUGCUGGUCCCACACCUCGCAGUUCAUCAAGAGACGGUCGGAGGUGCUCGAACAGUACGACACGCUAAGGGACACCGACAAAGCAGCUCAUCACUUCGCCAUUCUCUGGGCGUCGGUGGGGAACACCAUCCCCGCCUGCUUCUGGUCCAUGUACUACCUGGUGAGUCACCCCGAGGCCCUGGAGGUCGUCCGUCAGGAGAUCCAUGACGUCCUGAAGCUCAGCGAGGUGGAGUUCAGCAGCGACAGAGACGUGACGCUGAGCAGAGAGCAGCUGGACAAGCUUCUGUUUCUGGAGAGCGCCAUCAACGAGAGUCUCCGCCUGUCCUCGGCCUCCAUGAACAUCCGAGUGGUUCAGGAGGACUUCAGUCUGCGGCUGAACGCAGAGCGCUCGGUGGCCGUCAGGAAAGGUGACAUCAUCGCCCUCUACCCUCAGAGUAUGCAUAUGGACCCGGAGAUCUACGAGGAGCCACAGACGUUCCGACUCGACCGUUACAUCCAGGACGGCAGAGAGAAGACGGACUUCUUCAAGGAUGGUCAGAAGCUCAAGUAUUACCUGAUGCCGUUCGGCUCCGGCUCCUCCAUGUGUCCCGGGCGAUACUUCGCCAUCAACGAGAUCAAGCAGUUCCUGUGUAUGAUGCUGCUCUACUUCGACCUGCAGCUGGAGGCGGGGCAGAGCCGAGCCACGCUGGACUCUAGCAGGGCCGGGCUGGGCAUCCUGCUGCCCGCUCAGGAUGUCAGCUUCCGCUACAGACUGAGAGCAGUCUGAGCAGGACGACUGUACACUUCAUGUGUAAGUUACAAAGUGCUUUACACUUUAAAAUACUAAAUCAAUAUAUACAAUUAGACGAAGACUCAAAAAUCAAGCUGGAAUCAUACGCAGAGCUUAAAGGAGCAGUAUGUAACUCUGCCCCCUAGUGUUUAAAAUGGGUACUGCAGUCUAAAUUCUAAACAUCAUAGAG